AUGACUCUACUCAACUCCACCUUCGAUGGAAAAGGAUAUGGAGGUUGGAAGAGAUCUGUUUUGAUAGCCCUUUUAACUAAGAACAAGUUGGGCUUCAUUGAUGGAACCUAUCAAGCUCCAACAAUUGGUUCAGUUAAUCACAAGCUCUGGGGAAGAUGCAAUGACAUGGUAAUUUCUUGGUUACUUAACUCACUUUCUAAGGAAAUUGCAGGUAGCGUCCUUUACUCUAAUUCUGCGAAAGAACUCUGGACAGACUUGGAAAAUAGAUUUGGACAGGCAAAUGGUGCAAAACUAUACCACUUGCAGAGAGAACUAAAUGAUCUUGUGCAGGGAUCCCCUGAUGUAGUAGGAUAUUUUACUAAGAUCAAGCUUCUUUGGGAUGAGCUGGAUUACUAA